GACGAGCAAGCUGGCCCGACUCUCUUGCCCGAGCAACAAGAUGUCGUCAACCAUGCAGUUGCCGGUCACAACAUCUUCUUCACGGGGCCUGCAGGCUGCGGCAAGUCAACCGUCCUGCGUGAGGUGCGCAAACGUCUCGAAGAAGAGAGGAUGACGGUCUGUGUCAUGGCACCGACAGGGAUCGUGGCUCUCGCUAUCCGUGGUACGACAACCUGGUCUUUUGCUGGCUGGACACCAAAUUCCACCAGAAUACCCCUGGAAGAUCUCCCCCCCAAGGAUUCCAAGGAUUCCAUGACUUUGAAACGGCUUUUGAAAGUAAAUGUCAUCAUAAUUGAUGAGAUUAGCAUGAUAGAAAACAACUUCUUCGAAAGGCUCGACUUCCUGCUGAGGCACAUACAAAGCAGGGACUCCGGCCGGCGGGCCAAACCAUUUGGUGGCAUUCAAGUCAUCAUCACUGGCGACUUCUGUCAACUUCCUCCCAUCAAGCCCUUCCAGCACUGCUUCAACUGUGGAAGAGAACUUCGGAAACCGAAAAAGGGGAUAGACUCAACCGUUGACAAGCCACUUAGCACUCGAAUUUGCGUACCUUGCAAUCUAACCUUCAAGGACGAGGAUAAGUUUGCCUUCAGUAGCGCCGCCUGGAGUCACUGCAACUUUGUGAAUAUUCACCUUAAAGCCAUUCAUCGUCAGAAAGAUCCAGCCUUCAUCUCCCUCCUCCAGAAAUGCCGACUCGGAAUUCCGUUCUCCAACCACGACAUCACGGCCCUCACCCGCCCCAAACCGACUCUUUCUCAAGACAAUGCCGUCAAACUCUUCCCAGUCCGCGCCGACGUCUGGGAGACCAACCACAAGGCCUUCGAAGAACUUGAAACCCCGCCCAUCAUCUUUAAAUGUCACGACGGUUUUGCCGGGAGCUGGGAACACUCCCUCGAAUACGGCAAGCGCCUCGAUGACGGCACCCUCCAAUUUCUCGAUCAGCACCGUUUCGACCGCAAGCUCAGAUUGAAAAAAGGUAUGCGAGUCCUCCUCCUCGCCAGCUUGGACUCAGACCUUCGUAAUGGCUCCCAAGGGACACUUGUCGGCUAUGAACCUUUUCGCAGUUGGACGAAGCUCCCCACCUGGAACACUGGCGCUAUUAGGGGAGAGCACGCUGAAGUUAGAGAGAAACUGGUUAGGGAAUUUGCGUCGAUGCACAAGAGCAAAUUAAAGCAGGGCGGUUUCGGCUGGCCCAUUGUCGCAUUUGACAACGGGGUGACUAAAACUAUAUACCCUGAGUGUGACAUCCACGUGGUCGGGUAUGAGAGCCCGUACUCCACAGUCUCCCGCACACAGAUACCCUUGACGGCGGGGUAUGCGCUCACUAUCCACAAGGCACAGGGCAUGACACUGGACAAAGUAAUUGUGGACGUUUCGAAGGUGUUUGUGGACAAGCAAAUCUACGUCGCGCUUUCUAGGGCCAGAUCGCUGGAUGGGCUGCAGGUGAUAGGGUUGACUAGAGAAAGUGUGGGCUUCGACGAUGGCGAGGAUUCAGAGAAGGUCAGGAAGUUUUUAAGGGACAGUUUUGGGGAUGAAGUGGUGACAUACUGA